AUAAUUUUAUAUUAAUCAGUCCCUUAAGAACUUGAACGACUGAUGUACAUUCAUAUAAAUUUAUACAUUAUUACUACAACUAUCACAAAUACUCACUGUACCAUUUUUUCAGUACUAUGUCCAAGCCUGAUUUUUCCAAAAAACUCCACAGUUAUUUGUAAAGAUUAUAAAAAUGAAAAUAUCGACUGUACCGACACAACAGAAGGUUCCAGUGUAUCCUUCACAUGUCCCUCCGGAUAUGCAACUUCCCAGGGAACUUCAGGAGUUAGGUUUUGUGUCAAUGGAUCUUGGGGAAAACCAAAACCAGUGUGUAAAAGGAAAUUCUCUGUAGCCUCUCAAACCAACACCACAGCUGCCACAACUCCUUUACUCAACCAAACUGUUGAAGAUACGACUGGUGUGAAAGUUAUAUGCACUUACAACAGUGAUUACUCUCAUAAAGGCGUUUAUCCCGAGAAUUUAGAUGCUAGUAUGUGCACUCAUUUAGUUUAUGAAUAUAUCGGACUUUGGGAUAAAGGAGAUGUUCGCGUUCAAGAUGAUUUAAUUGAUCUGGAUCAAGAACACAGAGGUUUAUACCUCAGAUCUACGGACCUGAAAAGAAAGAAUCCUAAUCUGAAGGUAUUAUUGAGUGUUGGUGGCACAGCUGCAAGCAAUUCCACUCUAUUUUCUCGUAUAGCUGGUCAUGCAGGCAAAACAGGAGCAUUUCUUGGAAGUUCGGGUUAUUUCAUAAAGACAUAUCAUUUCGACGGUUUGAAUAUCGAUUGGCAGUUUCCGAAAGAAGAAGAUAAGGAAAAAUAUAUGUCUUUCCUGGAAACAGUGAGAUAUGAAUUUGAUAAGACCGGAUGGCUAUUAAGUGCAUCUGUACGAUCUGAUCCAGCAGGAACUGGAUAUGAUCCGCCAAAAAUGAACAAACUUCUAGACUGGAUCACGAUCAAGUCCUAUGAUUUCUACGAAGCUUCUUCUAGUAACUACACCGGAAUACACAACCCUCUGUAUCAUUCUCCGAAAGAAACCAAAUGGGAGAAGAGACAUCUCAACAUGGAGGCGGCAGCUAACAACUGGCUCAAUGCUGGUAUCAGCAGGGAGAAACUUGUACUGAGUGUAGCGUUUCAUGGACGAUCAUUUCAGCUGAAAGAUGCUGAUAAACACGAGAUUCACUCCCCCAUUACUGGACCAGGGCCAGGUGGUGACACAGGGUUCCUGGACUACGCAGAGGUGAGGCGGGAAAAAGUAGUUGAUGUCGAAGAGUAGGAAUUGUCUUUCAGC